AUGGACCCCGAAGAAAUUAAGGUAGACGACGUGGUUGUCGAAGAGUCUUCUUCUGAACUGCCCAUAAAUUCCGAGGCGGAAAAGAACUACCGCAUAUGGAAGAAAAAUGCCCCUUUUCUAUACGACUACCUUUCCACCCACACGCUUCUCUGGCCAUCAUUAUCGGUACAGUUCUUUCCAGAUUUGACCACAAACUCAGGGUCAGGCGAGCAGACAGUGCUGCAACGGCUUUUGCUCGGGACAUUCACCUUGGGCCAGGCAAUUGAUAGCAUUUCCAUAGUCCAGCUUUCACAUUACUUAAACCUCAACAAAAACCUACAGAUAAACAGGCUCGAUUUCAACCAGGAGAAAGAAGAGUUUGAACUCUCUGUUCCCUCCAUCAAUAAGAUCAAUGUACUUCAGAAAAUCAGCCAUUUUGGAGACGUCAACAAAGUACAAUACAUGCCUCAAAAACCCAACGUGUUGGCGAGUGCCAAUAAUGUUGGUGAUUUAGUGAUUUACGAAAGAACCAAGCACUCCAACUUCAAAAACGACUUGGCUCCUCUGAGCGUAGCAAACAAGGUGCAAAUGACUCUACGGGGCCAAAGUUCGGACACCAACAAUGAGAUAUUCGCAAUCGACUGGAACAAACAGAGAGAAGGGGUGCUAGUAUCCGGAAAUAUGAACGGUGAUCUUAACGUGUUCGACAUUAAGAAAUAUUCGAGCGCAUCGGACGUUUUAGACCAGCACCAACAUAUCGCAAAUGGCAGUGGAGUUAAUGACAUAGAGUGGUUUUCGAACCACGAUUCACUCUUUGCUGUGGCAGACGAAACGGGGUCAGUCAGAAUAUACGACACCAGAUCAGCAACCUCGCUAGUAGCAAAGGUACAGGCGUCAGAAAGUGGCAUUAACGGAAUCUCCAUAAAUAAACAGAACCCAACGUGUUUCAGCACCGGAGACAGCAGAGGCUCCAUAGUAAUCUGGGAUAUACGAUACAAAGAGCUGCCCUAUAGCACCAUCAACAAGCAUAAGGACUCCAUCACUCAGGUGAAAUGGCACCCCAGGUUGUCCAAUAUUGUUGCAUCCAGUUCCAGCGACACCACUGUGCAAAUAUUCGAUGUGAACAAACACGAACAGGACGAAGGUUUAUUGUUCGUGCAUGCUGGUCAUAUGUUGGGGGUCAAUGAUUUCGACUGGUCGUUCCAUGACGACUGGUUGUUGAGCAGUGUUGCAGAUGACAAUUCGCUACAUGUGUGGAAGCCCACUUUGAGAUGA